AUGGCCGGCCGGACCGUGCGGGCCGAGACCCGGAGCCGGGCCAAGGAUGACAUCAAGAAGGUGAUGGCGACCAUCGAGAAGGUCCGGAGAUGGGAGAAGCGCUGGGUGACUGUGGGCGACACUUCCCUUCGUAUCUUCAAGUGGGUGCCAGUGGUGGACCCCCAGGAGGAGGAGCGCCGGAGGGCAGGUGGAGGGGCAGAGAGAUCCCGAGGCCGGGAGCGGAGGGGCAGGGGCGCCAGUCCCCGAGGGGGUGGCCCUCUCAUCCUGCUGGAUCUCAAUGAUGAGAACAGUAACCAGAGUUUCCAUUCGGAAGGCUCCCUGCAGAAGGGCACGGAGCCCAGCCCUGGGGGCACCCCCCAGCCCAGCCGCCCUGUGUCACCUGCUGGACCACCGGAAGGGGUCCCAGAGGAUGCUCAGCCCCCACAGCUGGGCCAGGAGAGAGAUCCUGGGGGCAUACCUGCGGGCAGCACGGAUGAACCCCCCAUGUUGACCAAGGAGGAGCCUGUUCCAGAAUUGUUGGAGGCUGAGGAUUCGGGAGUGAGGGUGACCAGGAGAGCCCUUCACGAGAAAGGCCUGAAAACAGAGCCUCUCAGGCGGCUUCUUCCCAGAAGAGGCCUCCGGACAAACGCCCGGCCCAGUUCCGCGGGGCCGCCGCCGGAGCCCAGAGCUCCCGGGGGAGGAAGCAAGGCCCCAAGGGCACCCCGGUCGAUCCCUCAAGGGAAGGGGAGGUGA